AUGUCCGGGGCCACGUCCAGUGCUGACCAGGUGGAGGCAGCUGCCCGCAUCAUUCUCCUCAAUCAACCCCAGACCUGCAAGUUCAGGGACAACUGGGUCAGCACAGCCAAGUACAGCGUGUUGACCUUCCUACCUCGAUUCCUCUAUGAGCAGAUCAGGAGAGCUGCCAACGCUUUCUUUCUCUUCAUUGCCUUAUUACAGCAAAUCCCUGAUGUGUCUCCAACAGGAAGAUACACCACUCUGGUGCCCUUAAUUUUCAUCUUGACUGUAGCUGGCAUCAAAGAAAUCAUAGAGGACUAUAAAAGACACAAAGCGGACAAUACUGUUAAUAACAAAAGAACAAUUGUUUUACGAGGCGGCACAUGGCAGAGCGUGAUAUGGAGAGAGGUGGCAGUGGGAGACAUUACGAAGGUGACCAACGGGCAGCAUCUUCCAGCCGAUAUGAUCAUUUUAUCUUCAAGUGAGCCUCAAGCCAUGUGCUACAUUGAGACAUCCAAUCUUGAUGGUGAAACAAACUUAAAAAUACGGCAGGGUUUACCGGCAACCUCCAAUCUACACUCCGUGGAUGAUUUGGUUAAAUUGAAUGGAAGAAUCGAGUGUGAAGGACCUAAUCGUCAUUUGUAUGACUUUACUGGAAACCUAUGGCUGGACGGCAACAGCCCGGUUGCUGUUGGUCCUGAUCAGAUCUUAUUAAGAGGAGCCCAGAUCAGGAACACUCAGUGGGUCCUGGGGAUUGCUGUGUACACAGGACAUGACACCAAACUUAUGCAGAAUUCUACAAAGGCCCCACUGAAGAGGUCUAAUGUAGAGAAAGUCACCAACGUCCAGAUCUUAGUCCUGUUCUGCAUCCUCCUGGUCAUGGCUCUUGUCAGCUCUGUUGGGGCCUUGCUAUGGAACAGGAAAUAUGAGGAGACUAACUGGUAUCUGGGCACUAAUGAGGCCAUAUCCAACAAUUUUGGGUACAAUCUACUCACGUUCAUCAUUUUGUACAACAACCUUAUCCCUAUCAGUCUCCUGGUGACUCUGGAAGUGGUAAAGUUUACUCAGGCUCUUUUUAUCAACUGGGAUAGAGAUAUGUAUUAUGCAGAGACAGACACCCCCGCAAUGGCCAGAACAUCCAACCUGAAUGAAGAGCUGGGACAGGUUAAGUAUUUGUUCUCAGACAAAACCGGAACAUUAACUUGCAAUGUAAUGCACUUUAAGAAAUGCAGCAUUGGUGGUAACACCUAUGGACACUUCCCAGAAUUUGAGAGAGAGCGCUCCUCUGAAGAUUUCAGCCAGCUGCCAACAACAAGCGAAUCUUGUGACUUUGAUGACCCAAAGCUAUUCCAAAACAUCGAAGGGGAAAGUCCUACCGCCCUGGUGAUCAAGGAAUUCCUUACAUUGUUGGCUGUGUGUCACACCGUGGUCCCAGAAAAAGAAGAUGAUAAAAUAAUCUAUCAGGCCUCCUCCCCAGAUGAAAGUGCUUUAGUAAAAGGAGCCAGGAAACUAGGCUACACAUUCACCGGCCGAACACCAGACUCCGUCAUUAUUGAUGCAAUGGGGACAGAGCAGAGCUUUGAACUUCUCAAUGUACUGGAAUUCUCAAGCAACCGAAAACGAAUGUCUGUGAUUGUCCGGACGCCAUCAGGACAUCUUAGGCUCUACUGUAAAGGAGCAGAUAAUGUUAUAUUUGAGAGGUUAUCAAGAGAAUCCCAGUACUCGGAGCAGACGUUAAACCAUCUCGAACAAUUUGCUUCUGAAGGCUUGAGAACCUUGUGCAUUGCAUAUGCGGACCUUGAAGAAUCUGAGUACAAGGAAUGGCUAAAAGUCCAUAAUGAAGCCAGUGUGGUUCUGAAGGACAGGCCUCAGAAACUUGAGGAGUGUUAUGAGCUUAUUGAAAAGAAUUUGAUGCUUCUUGGGGCCACAGCGAUUGAGGACCAGCUGCAAGGUGGAGUCCCAGAAACCAUAGCCACAUUGAUGAAAGCAGAAAUAAAAAUAUGGGUUUUAACUGGGGACAAACAAGAAACCGCCAUCAACAUAGGAUACUCAUGCAGGCUAGUGUCACAGACCAUGUCGCUCAUUCUGGUGAAUGAAGACUCUCUAGAUGCAACAAGAGAAACUCUAACGAAUCACUGCAAUAACCUUGGAGACUCCCUUGGAAAAGAGAAUGACAUUGCCUUAAUCAUCGACGGGCAGACCCUGAAGUACGCUCUGUCAUUUGAAGUCCGUCAGUGCUUCUUAGACCUGGCGCUCUCUUGUAAGGCCGUCAUCUGCUGCAGAGUGUCUCCGCUGCAGAAAUCUGAAAUUGUAGACAUGGUAAAGAAACAUGUAAAUGCCAUCACACUGGCAAUCGGAGAUGGUGCCAACGACGUAGGAAUGAUCCAGACCGCACACGUCGGAGUUGGGAUCAGUGGGAACGAGGGCAUGCAGGCAACCAACUCCUCCGAUUACUCCAUAGCUCAGUUUUCGUAUUUGGAAAAACUUCUUCUAGUCCAUGGAGCCUGGAGUUACAAUCGAGUUACCAAAUGCAUCCUCUACUGUUUCUACAAGAAUGUGGUCCUGUACAUCAUUGAGCUUUGGUUCGCAUUUGUUAAUGGAUUUUCUGGACAAAUUUUGUUUGAACGAUGGUGCAUCGGAUUGUACAAUGUGAUUUUCACUGCCUUACCACCUUUCACACUGGGAAUCUGUGAACGAACCUGCAGCCAAGAUAGCAUGUUAAAAUUUCCACAGCUCUACAAAAUUACACAGAACGCAGAUGGCUUUAACACAAGGGUUUUCUGGGGUCACUGUAUUAACGCCUUGGUCCACUCUAUUAUUCUCUUCUGGUUCCCGCUGAAAAUGAUGGAGCACGAUGCCGUCUUCACCAGCGGACAUGUUGUGGAUUACCUAUUUGUUGGGAACAUAGUUUACACUUAUGUUGUGGUGACCGUCUGCUUGAAAGCUGGUUUAGAAACCACAGCGUGGACAAAAUUCAGUCACCUGGCCGUCUGGGGAAGCAUGCUGAUGUGGCUGGUGUUUUUCGGUGCUUAUUCCACGAUUUGGCCUAUAAUUCCCAUUGCUCCAGAUAUGCUGGGACAGGCUGGGAUGGUGCUGAAAUGUGGAUACUUCUGGCUUGGAUUACUGCUGGUCCCUGCUGCUUGCCUCAUACGAGACGUGGUGUGGAGAGCAGUCAAGAACAGCUGUCAUAAAACACUUUUAGAGCAAGUCCAGGAGAUAGAGACCAGGUCCAGGGAGAUGAGCAAAGCUGCACUUCGUGAUUCCAAUGGAAAAAGCUUGAACGAACGUGACCACUUGUUGAAGCGACUUGGCAGAAAAACCCCUCCGAGCCUGUUUCGUGCUAAUUCCGUCCAGCAAAGUGUAUCAUAUGGAUUUGCCUUUUCUCAAGAAGAACACGGCGUUGUUUCCCAGUCUCAAGUUGUCCGAUCUUAUGACACAACAAAACAAAGAAGUGGGAUAGAAUAACAGAAGACCUCAGUGACCGGUGGCAGAAAUAAUGAGCUCUGGACAAUACUUCUACUGUUAAGAGAUAUUUCACUACGUUUGGCCGCAGCAGCCAAAAACUGGGAAAUCCAUUUCUGUGGCCUUUGCCAAUAAAUUUCUUAACUUUUAUUUUCCCCCAGCAGGACCUGCAUGAGAUUUCAAUUAAACUAUGCAUUACAGGUCUGGCUGGGAGCUAAGAGGUUAAGCUGUGUACUUCUCGCUGGGGCACAGCCUGUUAAAAAAUUAUUCUUUGGCUGUGUCCUGAUUCCGACUUGU